AUCAGUCCUCCCUCAUCUCUCCAGCCUCCAAAAUAGAUUCUCUCAGGAGUAAGGUUGAGCUGCUGAAGCUGCCGCUUGCUCUCUCGUCCAAAUCCAUCUCUGAGCGUAAAACCCAGCUGGCCGGGGCAACAGAGCGUCACAGGGGCGGAGCUGGGGUCCACAAACCCCGCCUACCGGCCCCAGACAUGGACAACGAGUCGCAGUACUCAGGCUAUUCCUACAAGUCGUCACAUUCCCGUAGCUCUCGAAAGCACAGGGAUCGGAGAGACAGACACCGCUCUAAGAGCAGAGACAGCAGAGGGGACAAAUCGGUCACUAUCCAGGCUCCCGGAGAGCCGCUGCUGGACACAGAGUCCACUCGUGGAGAUGACCGAGAUGAUAACUGGGGUGAGACCACUACAGUGGUGACUGGAACAUCUGAGCACAGCGUGUCCAAUGAGGACCUGACACGGGCAUCUAAAGAGCUGGAGGACUCGUCUCCUCUUCAGUGCAAGCGUUUUGCGGGGCCGAUUCUGAGCGGAGUGCUGGGUCUUUUCGCUCUGCUCACACCUCUCGCCUUCCUGCUGCUGCCUCAGGCGCUGUGGCGGGACUCACUGGAGCCAUGUGGCACGCCGUGUGAAGGCCUGUACGUCUCUCUCGCCUUCAAGCUGCUGGUGCUGGCCAUCUCGACGUGGGCUUUGUUCCUGAGGGCGCCGCGUGCCACCCUGCCCCGAUUCUUUGUCUUCCGCUGCCUGCUGCUGGCACUUGUCUUCCUCUUUGUGGCUUCCUACUGGCUGUUUUAUGGCGUGCGUGUGCUGGAGCCUCAGGAGCGGGAUUACCGCGGCAUUGUGGGAUACGCUGUCUCCCUGGUGGACGCGCUGCUCUUCAUUCAGUACUUGGCACUGGUGCUGCUCGAGGUGCGACACCUGAGGCCCGCCUUCUGUCUCAAGGUGGUGCGCACUACUGAUGGAGCCAGCCGCUUUUACAACAUUGGCCAUCUUAGCAUCCAGCGAGCUGCAGUGUGGGUGUUGGAUCAGUACUACAGCGACUUCCCCGUCUAUAAUCCAGCUCUCUUAAACCUGCCCAAGUCCAUCCUCUCCAAAAAGAUGUCCGGCUUCAAGGUGUACUCCCUUGAAGAAAACAGCACCAACAACUCUACCGGCCAAUCGCGAGCGAUGAUUGCAGCGGCCGCACGCAGACGAGACAACUCCCAUAAUGAGUAUUACUACGAGGAGGCCGAGAUGGAGCGCCGCAUCCGUAAACGCAAGGCCAGGCUGGUGGUGGCCGUAGAGGAAGCGUUCACACACAUCAGGCGACUCCAGGAGGACGAGGCGGCUGUUACCCCUAAGCACCCGCGCGAGGUGAUGGACCCCCGUGAAGCUGCCCAGGCCAUCUUUGCACCAAUGGCACGCGCCAUGCAGAAGUACCUCCGUACCACGCGUCAGCAGCCGUACCACAGCAUGGAGAGCAUUAUCUCACACCUUCAGUUCUGCAUCACACACAACAUGACACCCAAAGCCUUUUUGGAGCGUUACCUGUCAACCGGCCCUACCAUGCAGUAUCAGCGGGAGAAUGGCAGGGGGCGACAGUGGACGCUUGUCAGUGAAGAACCUGUGACGUCAGCUCUGCGUCAGGGCCUCGUGUUCUCGCUCCGUCGUCUCGACUUCUCCCUUGUUGUCACAGUGACGGCGCUUCCAUUCCUUACUCUCGGGGAAGAGUUCAUCGACCCCAAGAGCCACAAGUUUGUUAUGAGGCUGCAGUCUGAGACGUCGGUGUAGAAAGAGGUACAGAGAAGACCUCGCUAGGAAAGAGGAAGAAGGCUCAGAUGAUUCGGAGAAAGAAAGAACCACUUCUUUUUACCUAUUUUUAUAUCACUGAGCCUUUUUUUAUUCGUCCGUUUUUGUUUUUUGUUUUAAUAUAUUCAGAAAUGGUUUGGACUGAACAGUUCUUGCGCAUUUCAAACUGAAAGACUGUUGGCAUUCACGUCUCUACGACCAUGACACGGUCAGCGUGCAGCGCUAAGUCCUUUUAGGAGGUGUCGCAUAGUAAGGCGUUUUUUGUGCAACGCCGAUAUCUCACUUCACCAAAAGUGCAACCGUCAGUUAUUCUUGAUAAUCACAAGUCAAGUUUUUAGUUUAGCUUUUUUCACUGAACAUAAUUAAACCAACCCUAAAGCAGAUUGGUUUGUGUCUUUUAGAACACAAUAAAACCUGUCUGUUUGUUUAGCAGAAAUAAAGAAAAUCACAAUAGCCACCUGAGCACAGAGAACAUAGACUUGGUAUUAAACACAAAUUAAUCAUUGUACUAAUCUUUCAUUUUAAAAGGUUUUGCACAUUGUGUACAGAGUUUUACUCUCUUUCUAGGUCCAAAUAUCCAGAACACAUCACACAUGUCUAAGACUACAGCUCUGUGCUUUGGACCAGUUAAACUCCCCAAUUCUAGACACUACAUCCUGACAUUUGCAUUACUUCAUCUAGUCUUUUUAGAGUCAAACCGCUUCCCAACUGCAGCCACACGUAGUUAUUCUGAGAGUGAACCGAAAGUCUCAGACCAGCACGUCCUCGUGCGCUUAAAGAAUAACAGCGAGGAGGAGAAUGUACUGGGAUUUUAUUCAGCUAGACUAAACACUGUAAGUUAUGGAAGUGCACCGUUUAGAGUUGAGUCAUUUAAGUCCGAAAAUGCUGCAGGUUGCUCAUAUCAGCAUUGUAAUAAACACUGAGUGGAAAAAAAUAAAAGCAGAACCAAAGCUUUGGAUGAAGAACACUUUCUCCUGCAGUUUAAAAAAAAAAAGGGGGGGGGGGUAUUUCAGGAAACACUAAACAUCAUUUAGCAUCAGUCAAUUGCUGCUUCGUAAACCUCACGUUUAGCCUUGUUACACUACUGUAAUUAAAACUCUGCACUGUGCUUUAUUACAUCAUACAGUCAUCUUUCCAAUCAAUGUUUACUACGUGUUUACUUUUCUGAGCUGAAAACAUAUUUCUGUAGUACGUGUGUGUGUGUAAAUAGGAACCUGCAACACUAGGGCUUGUGAAAAGCUUCCUCUUUCUCGUGAAUGUGUCCAAUGGUUGUUAGUUACCUCCGGGAUGUUAGCACUGUCACUGUGUUAGCAUUAUGCAAGGGAGAUCAUGCUAACAGGACUGUGUUAGCAUUCACUCAUAAGAUCUGUUCAUUUUUUUGUUUUAAGGUGAACUGUUUGUUUCUUUGUUUUAUUUCUGUGUUCUAUAAAUGAUCAAGAGGCCUUUUAAAUGUUAAUUUGUUUACAAAAAAAACCUUGCUUCAUGGACCAGUAUAGUAAUGAUUCCAGAGUAAGGAAGGAAAUUUUGUGAAAUUUCCAACGUCAUGACAUUGUGAUCAUCUAUCCGGGGGAAACAUUGUUCAGAUCUACAGCUUGUCAUAAGAAUCAGACAGGAACUAUAUACUUCAUGUGUAGGAUGUGAGUGCAUGCCUUCUGUACACACAUUGUGGUUUGACACAAAGUUCCCCCAUCUUUUGCCUUACGAUUCAAACCGAGCUCUUUGAGUCUUAUGUAGCGAUUCCCUCGGCCUUCAGCACAUGCUACUCUCUCCUUUUGUUUAUUAUAAUACUUUUUUUGGCAGCUGUAAACUUUUCUCCCUUUUUUGUAGAUAAAUCAAACCUUUUUUUUAUUUUAUUUGUAUUUUUUUUUUAUUCUAAAUCGAACAAAAAGUCAUGAACGCUACAGGAGACUGAAAGUUUUAUUACAUGUAGGUUGUUUUUAAUUGAACCUCCGAGUUGUUCUUUAGGCCUAAUGCAUGCACAUAGCUAAUGAAGUUUUGUAACAUUUUGUACUUCAUCAUGUUCUUUUAAAGUGAAGCUAAGCCUUUAACUUUGUUUUUAUUUUCCAAAAAAAAGAGAAAAAGCUGAAAAAUACAGUGUUGUAAAGAGAUUUGUAGAUUUGUUAUUGUGUGAAGCUUUUUUCUAUUAUUAUUAUUAUUAUUUUGAUAAUUUUUAGAACUAAAAAAAUGUUACAGGCUUUUUAAUAAAUGAUUUCAACUUGGA